CGCCAGGAGCUCAGUGGAGGCUGCAGCAGUUUUUUUCACCUGGUUCUCCUUUAAGAGUCAAUACAGAAACAAGUGGACUAACAGACACCCCACAGACUCCCAACUUCACUACAGCACUCGGGUUGCAGCCAAAAAGCAGAAGAGAAAAGGAGGCAUCUUUACUUACCUCAGCUGAAUUUACGUACUGAAUACAUUCACAUGGAGAAAGAGAAAACGCAUUUUAACAUCGUCUACAAAGCAGCUUGUUAAAUAUUUUUUUGCCUCAGGAUUGUGCAUUUUUCAGGUGGAUGCUCGCAUCUGUGAAACUUCAGGACAUUUUGCACUGUGGAAAUAUUCAGGCACUUUUUGUGACUUUAUUGUCAUGAGUUUGAACCUUUGACUGGUAACGGAACGGCGUACCUCAGUUUUACCACAAUGAAGGACGACUUCAAUGAUGAAGAAGAAGUGCAGUCUUUUGGCUACAAAAGGUUUGGUAUCCAGGAGGGAAAUGAAUGCACUAAAUGUAAAAAUGACUGGGCCCUGAGGGUGGCUAUUGCCCUUCUUUAUGUCCUCUGUGCACUUCUUACCAUAGCUGUUGCUGUGCUGGGGUAUAAAGUGGUCCAAAGGAUGGAUAAUGUAACAGAGGGAAUGGAGAAUUAUGGUGGGAAAAUCAUGGCUGUAGAGACAGACCUCAAAAAGCUUGAUGAUCAGACAGGAGAGAAGUCAGAAAAUGCCACCAGUGAGCUUCUCACAUUCAAAAUGGAAAUUCAGACCUUUCAGAAUCAGCUCAACGAAGUCACCCUGCGUGCUUCCAGCAACAGGGCUGCCCUCGACGAGCUACAGGUAGCUGGCGACGACGUGCAGAGUGGACACCUCUCGCUGCGAGAUCUGCUGGAGAGCAAUGCUAACGUUAUCAGCAAAGUAAACCGCACCUUAAACACGUACAGCGGAGUGAUCGACGGACUGAAGACGGACACGGCACAGCUUCAGGUGAAUCUCCAGGAGCAAAGCAGCAAACAGAUCCAAACCACCCAAAACCUGAGCACUCUCAACUUCACCCAAACCCAGCAGAGGAGCCUCAUUAGCUCCCUCCAGAGGUCAGUGGAGGACACCAGCCAGGCCGUCCAGAAGCUUAAGAACGAUUAUCAGAGCCUUCAGCAGGUGGCCAGGCAGACCAAAGCAGAUGCGGACUGGCUGAGGGAGAAGGUGCAGAACCUUCAGGCAUUAGCUGCUAAUAAUUCGGCGCUCACUCGCUCCAACAGUGAUGCUCUGGAGGAUGUGACCUCUCAGCUGAACUCGCUCACGGAGCAGGUGCAGAACGCCUCGGCCCUCGCUGAUGGCCAUGACCAAAGCCUCCGUGAGCUCAUGGACCAACAGCGAGAUCGUGAAAACGCCACCUCUAUAAAGUUUGACACCUUAGAGGCGCGUCUCGACCGCAACGAGGGGGAAAUGGACAGAAUAACGGGCAAUGUAAGCUUUGCUACACAGUUGCUCGGAGCGAUCAGCGUGGAUCUCAAUGGUCUGCGCACCUGCGCUGAGACGGUGACCCAACACUCUGAACUGCUGCUUGGGUUGAACAACAGUGUGGCUGAAACGAGAGCGGACAGCACAGAGCUUAAAUCCCAGCAGGAAGAGCUUGCAGCCAGGCUUGACAAAGAGGUCACCAGCCUCUCCAUAGUCAUGGAUGAAAUGAAACUGGUUGACAGCAAACACUCACAGCUCAUUACAAACUUCACUAUUCUUCAUGGCCCUCCUGGUCCAAGAGGUCCUCGUGGAGACAAAGGGUCCCAAGGCCUGGCUGGGAAACCUGGCCAGAAAGGUGAAAGCGGUGAAAAAGGAGUGCCUGGUAUCCCUGGUCCCAAGGGCGAAAGAGGACCACCAGGGCCUCCUGGUGUGUCAGGAUUCAAAGGUUCACCUGGAUCAAGAGGAAGCCCUGGGCCAAAGGGCUCACGAGGGUCAGGGGGUAGGGCAGGGCUUCCAGGAGAGAAAGGUGACCCUGGUACACCUGGCCUUACUGGAAGAGAUGGCCAGCCUGGUCCUCAGGGGCCACAAGGACCACAGGGCCUCAGAGGGCCAGCGGGGCCGGCAGGACCAGAAGGAGCACGUGGGCCUGCUGGCCCUAUUGGUCCACCUGGACCUCCUGGAUUACCAGGACUUCCAGCACCAGUGGUUGUGCCACAAGUUGAUCCACAAGCUUUUGUUAACCGGCAAGUAGCUCUACCCACAAGUGCACCAGGUUGUCCACCGCGUUGGAAGAGCUUCAGAGACACAUGUUACUACUUCUCAGUUCCAACAGAGAAUCUGAACUUUGAUGAAACAAAGCAAAGAUGCAGCAACAUGAGUUCAUCAAUGCUUAUUAUCAAUGAUGAAGAUGAGCAGCUAUGGAUAAAGAGGCAGAUUUCUGGAAAAGGCUACUUUUGGCUCGGCCUCACAGAUAGCGCAGAGGAAAAUAUCUGGAGAUGGGUGGAUGGAAACCUGCCCAACUAUUCGAAAUGGAAACCUGGACAGCCUGAUAACUGGAGCCAUGGUCAUGCGGAGGGGGAAGACUGUGCUGGUGCUGACAGGGAGACGAACAAGAAGAGGAUCGAGCUUAGAUCUCGUCGUGUUUAUAUGUCGGCCAUGCCUCUCUUCGCGUCCAAUCCCUUUGAUCAAGAUGUUGAGAAAUCAACAAGUGAGAUGAACACGGCUGAGGACUGGGGUCUCAUUCUGGACAUAUGUGACAAGAUCGGGCAGUCUCGCACUGGGCCUAAAGAAUGCUUGCGAUCCAUAAUGAGAAGAGUGAAUCACAAGGAUCCCCAUGUUGCCAUGCAAGCAUUGACGCUACUUGGUGCCUGUGUGUCAAACUGUGGAAAAAUUUUCCAUUUAGAGGUUUGUUCCCGGGAAUUUGCUAGUGAAGUAAGCAACGUGCUAAAUAAGGGCCAUCCAAAGGUUUGUGAAAAGCUGAAGGCUCUCAUGGUGGAAUGGGCCGAGGAUUUCCGUAAUGACCCGCAGCUCAGCCUCAUCUCCGCCAUGAUCAAGAACCUCAGAGAACAGGGCGUCAUAUUCCCUGCGGUGGGCUCCCAGGCAGCAGAGCAAGCAAAAGCCAGUCCUGCAUUAGUAGCUAAAGAUCCUGCGACAUUAACAAACAAGAAGGAGGAGGAGGACCUCGCUAAAGCGAUCGAGCUGUCUCUGAAAGACCAGCGUCAACAGCAGCAGCCUCAGGUCUCUCUGUCCGGCCUCUACCCGAGCACCAGCGGCCUCCUCAACUCUCACAAGACUGACGGUAGAAAGGUCAGAGCCAUCUAUGACUUUGAGGCAGCCGAGGACAACGAACUCACCUUUAAAUCUGGGGAAAUCAUCACUAUCUUGGAUGACAGUGACCCUAACUGGUGGAAGGGCGAGACGUAUCAGGGUGUUGGGCUUUUUCCGUCAAAUUUUGUGACUGCAGAUUUGACAGCAGAGCCUGAGAUGAUGAAAACCGAGAAAAAGACUGUGCAGUUCAGUGAAGACAUCCAGGUAGAGACGAUUGAACCGGAACCAGAGCCUGUCUAUAUCGAUGAGGAGAAAAUCGACCAGCUGCUUCAGAUGAUCCAGAGUGCAGACCCAACCGAUGAUCAGUCAGAUUCCUGUGAGCUUCUGCAGCUGGAGGCUGCCUGCAAUCAGAUGGGUCCCCUCAUUGAUCAGAAAUUGGAGGAGAUUGACAGAAAACACUCAGAACUGUCUGAACUAAACGUGAAGGUCAUGGAAGCGCUGUCUCUCUAUGCUAAGCUGAUGAAUGAAGACCCAGUGUAUGCUAUGUAUGCUAAACUACAGAGCCAGCAAUACUACAUGCAGCAGACACCCAAUGCUUCCCAACAGGUGUACCCUGGCCAGCCCACUGGAGGGCAGUAUGCAAUGGGUAGCACAGGUGUACCCGUUUACAAUGUUCCAAUGGAGCAGCUCACUGCAAUGAAUCAAACAGGAACACCAAUGGCCGGGCAGCCAGCUCCCAGUGAUGUCCAUAUGUACAUGGGCCAGCCUCCAGUGUACAGCCCCGCCCCAGGAAGCCUUCCCCCAGCUGAUAUUCAGUCCUACCAGAACCCAGCUAACGCUCCAAUGACCCAGACUCCCGGUAACGCCGUGCCCUCCGCCCAGAGCCUCCCACCUACAACAGACAACCAACAGACCCAUUACCCCGAGAGAGCUCUGUUAUAGGACCCACAGAGACUGACAGACACGCACACAUACGGUCAUAAAUAACGUUCAGUUCAAAAGAAACGCAGACAUGCAAAGAAAUCUUCUAGAUUGUUUUUUUUCCUUUUGUUUAAACACUACAAACAUACACAGAAACACUGAUUUUGAUCAUGAAAUGAUAUGCAGAGUGUUGACUACUAACUGGUUGUGUUCUCAGAAAGCAGAUUAAUUGAUCCUUUACAUUUUACAAAAAAAAAAAUUUCAGUUUAAAGUGAUGAAAAACAUGAAGUUAUAUGGCAAAAUCGUAGUAAUUCAUGACUGGAAUUUUCUUACAGGAUAAACACAAGAGUGCAUGUUUGUGUUGUAUAUACAUUACAAGUGUAGGUCCUAAUAGUCCAGUGUUUGUCACAAUAGGUCCUGUAGGGGAGGUCAUCAUCAUUGUUUGAAUGAGUGUACUGUGUGUCUGUGAGAGAGUUUGGGUCGACCGAAGUCAUGUCACCUCUCCUCCAGAACCAUGUAGCGAAACACUGCCACAGACUUGACAGUGGCCCAUCACCCUGAUGUCUUUAAGCUCACUACUCAGUGUUAAACCAAUUGUUUUAGUGCAUUUUAUUUAUAUUUUGAUUGUUGUUUUGCUGUUUAAUUGACAGUACGUUAAUAGAAGGAUGUAAUAUUCUGCCUAUGUGCAGAUGUGUAUAUAUGAGAACUCACUUCUGUCUUUCGAAGUCACUUUCAAAGCAGCUGCUUGUUCCGUAGAAAGGGCACAUGGGAAGGUGGGUAGCUAUACUACCCCACGUCAUGCACUUUUAAUUUACCCCUUUCACUUUCCUAAUUUAAGACGUGUCAAAAGUUACUUAUAUCAUUUCGACUCAAAGAACUAGAACGGUAUUAAUCGUAACCCUUCCCUCUAAACAUUUACCGUAACCGUUCCAGGUAACUUGGAUUUGUAAUUUUCCUCAAAAUGUCUACCAGAAAUGAGUUUAAAGGGGGGUUUAAAUGCUCUGUAGCGUAUUGAAUGACUGAUUAACCUCAUGUUUGUAAGUCCCGGCAAGGGCUGAACCCACACUAAAGAAAACUGACUGGCUCAUAUGCCAUUCGUUCAGACAAGUAAGCUCACAUCUCGGUCUCUAUGUAGCUACAGUGUUAUCCGAGUAGUUGUUGACGUUUCAUAGAGAACAUUUUCGAAAAUUGGAACCCUGGGACCAUGAGCCAGUUCUAAUGUAAGACCUUAUUUGCACACGGAAAUGAUAAUCCUUACGUAAACUUUAUCCACAGGGAAAAUGACUGUUUUUGGUGUAUCCGUUCUGUUAAAUGUACCCAGUUGUUUGUAUGUACUAUUUUAAUCACCUUAUUACUUAUUAGUAUUCACAAUAAAACUAGGCCAAAUGUA